AUGGCUACAGCAAAUAGUUCUGGGGGAAAUAUUAAUUCAGUAGCCCGUUUUUCUUCUAUAAAUGAGCUACAAAAAGAUGGAACUCCCUUAUGGUGCUAUGUCACUUUGGUGAAUAAAAAUAGAGACAUACCAGGAGGUGGAAAUAGAUAUUGGAGGUGCAAUUAUUGUAACAAAGAAUUCAAUGGCUCUUAUUCUAGAGUUAAGUGGCACUUGUUAAAAACUUCUGGCAAGGGAAUUGCUAUAUGCUCGAAAGUUGAUGAGUAUUGCCUAGCUGAGAUGAGAAAAUUACACGAAGAUGCUGAUGAGAAGACCAAGUCAAAGCAAGUGCCAUUACCACCCCUGGCUGAAGGUUCAUCUCCCUUAUAUCCUAUGACAAGUGAAAGCAACCAAAGUAAGAGAAGGGCAGUAAGUCCAUUAGAAAAGGCCUUCCAACAAGGGGCAAGAGAAAAUCUACAUGCUGAAAUUGCAAGAAUGUUUUAUACAGGUGGUCUAUCUUUUCAUUUGUCACGCAAUCCAUAUUUCAUUAGUUCAUAUCAAUAUGCUGCGAACAACAUCAUUCCUGGAUACAAACCUCCUGGUUAUAAUGCAUUAAGGGGUCCAUUGUUACAAAGAGAAAGAGCUCACACAGAGAAGUUACUUGAACCAAUUAAAGGAACUUGGAGUUUGAAAGGAGUGAGCAUAGUCACAGAUGGUUGGACAGACGCUCAAAGGAGGCCUCUGAUUAAUUUUAUGGCUAUGUCUGAUGGGGAUCCCAUGUUUUUGAAGGCAGUUGAUGGAUCUAAAGAAUAUAAAGACAGACAUUAUAUGGCUGACUUGAUGCGUCAAGUGAUUGAAGAGGUCAAGCCUCAAAAUGUGGUUCAAAUAAUCACUGACAAUGCAUCUGUUUGCAAAUCAGCAGGUAGGCUUAUAGAGGCUGAGUAUCCCACUAUUUUCUGGACGCCAUGUGUUGUGCAUACACUUAAUCUUGCAUUAAAGAAUAUAUGUGCAGCAAAAAACACAGAGGCAAAUGAGAUUAUGUAUGAUGAAUGCCAUUGGAUAGAGGAGGUUAAGGAUGAUGCUGCUUUUAUUAGAACAUUUAUCAUGUGUCAUUCUAUGCGAUUGGCAAUUUUUAAUGAAUUUAUGCCAUUAAAAUUACUUGCCAUAGCUGACACUCGCUUUGCAUCCACCAUUGUUAUGCUCAAAAGACUCAAGCUCAUUAAAACUUCACUUCGUACAAUGGUGAUAAGUGAAGCAUGGAAUGCUUAUAAGGAAGAUGAUGUUGGAAAGGCAGCCACAGUGAAAAACUUGAUCCUUAAUGACUCUUGGUGGGAUAAGGUGGAUUAUAUACUUUCUUUCACUGGACCGAUUUAUGACAUGCUUCGGAUGGCUGACACAAAUAAGCCUAUACUUCAUUUAAUUUAUGAAAUGUGGGAUUCAAUGAUAGAACAAGUGAAGGAGUCCAUCUACAAGCAUGAGAAUAAGGAGCUUUCUAAGUAUUAUACACCCCAAUGGCUUGAAGGUGCUCCCAAUAGAAUUCCGCCUCAUUUAAAUAAUGAAAUAUCAUCUGAGAGAGUAAAGUGCCUUUAUAGGUACUUUACUGAUCCUGAGGAGAGAAAGGCGGUCUUUCAAGAGUUCCCAAAAUUUGUUGGAAGUUUAGACUUCUAUUCAUCAUUUGAUUGCUUGCAAGAUAGGUGGAAUUUAGAACCUAAAGGGUGGUGGUUAAAUUAUGGUUCUUUCACCCCUAUUCUUCAGAGGCUUGCAUUGAAACUUCUAGGCCAACCGUGCUCUUCCUCUUGUUGUGAAAGAAAUUGGAGCACUUACUCCUUUAUCUACUCAUUGAAGAGAAACAAGAUCACUCCUAAAAGAGCUGAAGACUUAGUUUUCAUGCAUACUAAUCUUCGUCUCUUGUCAAGGAAGAGUGAAAAGUAUCGCAUUGGGCAAAGUAGAAUGUGGGAUAUUGGUGGAGACACUAUGGAGCCAUUUGAUGCUGUCAAUAGCCUUGAGAUGGCAAGCUUGUCACUUGAUGAACCUAUUUUAGAGCAAGAAAUUAUAGGAGAGCCUAGUAAUGUAAUGGAAAAUGAGAAUGAUGAAAUGUGA